AUGUUCCUCACGGAGAUGCAGCGCUCGGCGACCCUUAUCCUAUCUUUGCUGAGCAUCAAUGUAUUCUGUUGGCCAUACACCGAGUCGCUCGUUGACUAUAACUUGAACGAAAACAAAUCCGCAGAAGCGCCGAUUAAUUAUUGGGGAGAAUGGCCAGAUCAUAAAUAUCAUCCAUCGCCGGACAACUGGCGCUUCCCCGUUUACACAAUCUUUUUGGACCGCAUAGCGAACGGUGAUCCGGCGAAUGACGACAUUAACGGCACCGCCUUCGAACAUGUGGUGGGUUCGAAUCAGAUGCGCCAUGGAGGUGAUCUUGUCGGAUUGAUUGAUACGCUGGACUACAUCAGAGGCAUGGGUUUCAGGGGUAUCUACUUCGCUGGAACGUUCUUGAUGAACCUCCCCUGGGCCUACGAUGGCUACUCACCGGUUGAUACCACUCUGCUAGACAUGCAUCACGGGACAUUGGAUGAUUGGCGACGGACUAUCACCGAGAUCCAUAAACGCGAUAUGUACGUGAUUGUGGACAAUACUCUGGCAACAAUGAGCAAUCUGAUCGGCUUCAAAGGCCACCUCAACGACUCGGCCGAUUUUCGAGCGGAUGAAUAUGAAGUCCAGUGGAUCUCAGAGAGACAGUAUGCCGAUUUCAAAUUUGGGAAUGAGUAUAACGAAACCUGCGACUACCCAAAAUUCUGGAACGAGACUGGCUACCCGAUCACAUCAGGCGAAGUCAGCGAGUUGAAGGGUUGCUAUAAUAGCGAUUUUGAUCAGUACGGAGAGCUGGAGGCGUUCGGCAACUUCCCCGACUGGAAGCGUCAACUGACCAAGUUCGCCUCAGUGCAAGAUCGUCUACGUGAAUGGCACAAGCCUAUCCGCGAUGUCAUCACCAGGCAUUCCUGUAUCCAAAUUGCUAGUCUGGAUAUCGACGGGUUCCGUUUUGAUAAAGCCGUCCAGACAACCCUCGAGCCCCUCAGUGAGAUCACCGCUGUUUACCGUGAAUGUGCGAAGAAAUAUGGCAAGCAUAACUUCUUCCUUCCCGGAGAAAUCACGUCGGGAGAUACCUUCGGCAGUCUGUACCUUGGCCGUGGCCGACAGCCGGAUCAGCGUCCUGAGUCUGCAGGCGCUGGUGCCAAGCUAACGAAUAAUUCGGACGCAGUCUUUCUAAGAGAUGAUGGGUACCAGGCAUUGGAUGCAGCCGCGUUUCACUAUACGAUCUAUCGUUCUAUGACCCGUUUCUUGGGAAUGGACGGCAACCUGGUUGCUGGUUUCGACUUGCCUACUGAUUUCAUCGAGGCCUGGAAUGGGAUGCUUGUUAACAACGACUUUAUCAAUGCCAUAACGGGCGAGAUAGACCCGAGGCAUAUGUUUGGUGUCUCUAACCAGGACAACUUCCGCUGGCCGGCAGUUAAGAAUGGCACAGAGAAAUAUCUUUUGGGUCUUUUCAUAGUCACACUGGAGCUCCCAGGAAUUCCUCUGAUCCUGUGGGGUGAAGAGCAGGCGAUGUACGUUUUCGAAUCUACUGCCUCUAAUUAUCUGUUCGGGCGGCAGCCCAUGACUUACCAGACCGCUUGGUGGACACAUGGCUGCAUGACUCUGAACACAUCUAAAUUCUACCAUUUCCCGAAUGAAAAGGGACUGCAUGGCUGCGAAGAUAUCACCGUCACGUAUGACCAACGGAACCCUGCCCACCCGCUUCGCAACAUCAUGAAGCGUAUGUUUGAAAUCAGAGAGCAGUAUGCGGUGGCCAAUGAUGGCAUUUAUCUUCAGACGCUCUCUCAGCUUACAAAGGAUGUGUACCUUCCUGGUUCGUCGACCACUCCAACAGUGACUGGCCUGUGGUCGGUGCUGCGGAGCUACUUUCCCGGAGUUCAGAAGGAGGCAUCUAAGAGCAAUCAGACUCUUUGGCUCGUGUAUCAAAAUGAUAACAAAACCGUCACUUACGGUGGCGACUGCAGUAAGAAAGAUACUGCCUUGAUGGCUCCCUUCAAGUCGGGGACGAAGCUAAAGAACCUCUUCUACCCUUACGAUGAGCUCACUUUGGAAGAUGGUCCAGGCAAGAUCGAGAUCCAAGGUAGCAUUGAGGAGUAUGGAUGUAUUCGCAGCAUGAAAUUGCUUCCAUGGGAAUACCGUGUCUACGUGGAGGCUGCCGACUUCGUUGAGCCCGGUCCUACCGUUACAGAGUUCGUCCCCGGCCACGAUGCCCGGUUGCUGUCAACGAAGGACGGCGGGGAGACAGUGGACAUCCAGCUUGGGUAUUCAAAAGAGAUGGAAUGUGACAGCAUCACUAAGGCGAUUACCUUGAAGUCUACGACGGUGAAGGGGGUCACAGCCUCGCUUGAUACAUCCAGCGUGUCCUGCGCCAAAACUACUGCCAGGACGACUGAUAAUAACUUUGUCGGAGAGGUCCCCACCGUUUGGAAAUGGUCUGCCAAGCUGAAAGACGUUUAUCAUGGAAUCCACCAGCUGACCGUCAACAAUGUUUCUACGACGUCUGGCGACCGUACCGAUGCUGUUGACCAGUUUUUAUUCCGUGUCGGGUCUCACACUAACCCCCUGAUAUCCCCGCUUUCUAAUUACUCUACCAGCCUUGUCCACAAAUCUGAUAGUGGAGAUAUCUAUAUUCAGCAUGAUGCCGCCGGAGCUGAUCAAUUCCGCUACUCGACUAAUUUCGGUCUAAGCUGGUCCAACUGGAUCACAUAUAACGGUGGCAACACAACAGUCGACUUCCCUGAGUUCACCGGUACAGACGAUCAGAAGUGGAAGGGAUCUCAUAUCCGCGUACAAUAUUUUUCGAGGCUCACAGCUAGUAGCGAUUAUAUUCAAGAAGGCGAUUAUGGCUGGGACGAUGAUGUGCCUCGAAGAUUCCCGAACCUGUUUUGGAACGGUCCGUACAACCAAUACGGUUACGAUGGAGGAAUGGACAACAAGAUGAGAUACGAUACCAAGAAGAAUCGCUGGUUGUACGAUUUCGUCUACGAAUGGCCGGCUGUCGGGCAGAUGAGUGUCUGGGGAAUGAAUAAGGACGGCAUACCAGAUACUACAGAGGUUUAUGGCGAUGUCGAUAACUCGUCUGUGGUUCAGAAGCUUCCUCCGUCCUACCUCUCAUCCAACGUGAUCAAUAUAACCAUUCUGCCGCCAUUCCCGCAUCUCGGCUGGACUAUCUCGCUCAAUGAUGCCAACUUGAGGUAUGAAUUGCUCCCCGUCGGAUCUGGAUGGGCUCAACUAGUGCUCUACAUCCUUCUUUGGGUUUUACCGAUCCUCAUGGGUCUUGCCGGCGUGUUCAUUUUCAUUAAAACAUUUUACCGCGUCAAGCUCAACACGGACGGUGACGUGGUCAAAGAUGAUAAGUUGCCGCUGCUGUUCUGGCGCAGGGUGAAGGAAAAGUUCGCCGGAGACAGCGACUCGGAUAUGGCAAUAUCUGAUAAGGCUCUGCCGGCAGACGUGGCUAUUAUGGGAGCCCCUGAAAAACGGCGUACAGUGCUAAUUGCCACUAUGGAAUACAACAUCGAAGACUGGAAAGUCAAGGUUAAGAUCGGUGGUCUAGGAGUCAUGGCACAGCUUAUGUCCCAGCAUCUGAAACACCAGAACCUCAUCUGGGUGGUUCCUUGCGUUGGUGAUAUCGAAUACCCCCAGGACACGCCAACCGAACCUUUCGUAGUCAAUAUCCUUGAGAAGCCUUAUAUUAUCAAUGUGCAAUACCACAUCGUCGGCAACAUCACUUAUGUUCUACUCGAUGCCCCAGUCUUCCGACAGCAGACUAAAGCGGAGCCUUAUCCUCCCCGUAUGGACGAUCUCGACAGCGCCAUCUACUAUUCGGCAUGGAAUCAGUGUAUCGCGGAGGCAAUCAAGCGGUUCCCUUCUGUUGAUCUCUACCACAUCAACGAUUUCCACGGAUGCUUGGCGCCUCUCUACUUGCUGCCGUCGCGAACCAUCCCUGUCUGUCUGUCCUUGCACAAUGCCGAAUUCCAGGGUCUCUGGCCACUGAGAAACCAGCAAGAGAAGAAGGAAGUUUGUUCGGUCUUCAACCUUCCUGUCGAAACUGCGACCAAAUACAGUCAAUUUGGAAAUGUUUUCAAUCUUCUUCACACCGGUGCUACUUAUGUGCGAUUCUACCAACGCGGCUUUGGCGCAGUAGGUGUGUCUAAGAAGUAUGGAAAGCGUUCAUGGGCUCGAUACCCGAUUUUCUGGUGUCUUGAAAAGAUUGGCAGUCUUCCUAACCCAGAUCCCUCCGAUACUGAUGCCGAGGGCGAGGCCGAAGUUGCGAUUCAGUCCCACGAUGAACGAAUUCAUGACAAGCUACAGGCGCAGAAGUGGGCAGGUUUAAAUGAGGAUCGCGAAGCUGACCUACUAGUGUUUGUUGGACGUUGGUCAAAGCAGAAGGGGGUGGAUUUGAUUGCAGAUGUCAUGCCGGCGAUAUUGUCGGCGAGACCGAAAGUGCAGUUAAUCUGUAUUGGCCCUAUCAUCGAUCUUUACGGUAAGCUGGCUGCUAUCAAGCUAGAGCGCAUCAUGGAAAUGUUCCCAGGCCGUGUGUUCUCAAAACCAGAGUUCACUGUUCUCCCCCCAUACGUGUUUUCUGGUGCCGACUUUGCCCUGAUCCCGUCCAGAGACGAGCCAUUCGGAUUGAUUGCUGUCGAGUUCGGUCGUAAAGGUGCUCUGGGAAUCGGUUCACGUAUUGGAGGUCUAGGCCAGAUGCCCGGUUGGUGGUACACUGUCGAAUCUGAUGCAACCCGCCAUCUGCUGCACCAAUUGAGGACCGCUAUCAAAUCCGCCCUGGACUCUUCGCAGGAGACCCGCGAGGAGAUGCGUGCAAACUCCAUCAAGCAGCAUUUCCCUGUCCUUGAAUGGAUUCAGAAACUUGAAAGCUUGCAACAAACAGCGAUCCAGAUCCACCACACGAAGAACAAGAAGACCGUGACCGGCCCGAUGCCAGAGUCCCAGACCUACUGGGAGACGCAGAGCAUACGGUCCUCCGCGGUGGGCCUCCCUGGACCAACUGCGUCGACGGUGGAGGGUUUGGAUGCACCACAAGGAAGAAUGAUGGAGCACGCCCAGUCUCAACUACAAGAGCUGGAGGCAGCUAACGGCAACAGGAGCAGCAGUCUGGGUCGCCAACUCUCUCUCGGUCGGCGAUCUGGACCUAGCCAGGGCAGAAAGCGUCUCGCCAAGAAGCCACUGCGCGAAAGCCAGAUUGUCGUGGAGGACGACACCACCGACGGGGAGGAAGAAGGCACUGUUACACCGCAAAGAGACUAUAUUUCUCCCGAAGACGCGAUGGCGGCAGUCAACAACGCACUCGGAUCUCAUGAUAUUGGCACGUCCCUCGGGAACAACAGUACUCACUCGCUGGGUGGCCCCCGGGGACCUUACUCUUCUGCCCCAGAGUCACCAUACCACAUGUCACGGGCUUCCUCUCCGGCUCCGGGGACGCCUGGGCUACCUCAAUACCCAUUUCAACUGGCACUUGGCUCUAGCGAGAACACGCCUUUCGCUCAUUCCCGCAAUGUUUCCGUUCUUUCUUUCCAAUCGGUGGUCGGUGACCACCAAGAGCCCAUCUACGAGUUGCAGAAAGUUGACCCGACUUUUACUGACAGCAUGGGCCACUUCACUCGGCGCUUCGAAGAGCUCCUCACCAAGCUGAGCAAAAAGAACUCAACUACGGACUACUGUAUUGAGACGUACUUGAUGAAGAGCGAGCGGAAGUUCUACAAUAUGUACAACGACGCGCAGUUGAAGAAACAGCCUAAAGAUGGUGUAGUGUCUACGCCGAGCUCGCCCCGUUUUGUCCAGGAUGCGGAGUAUAACCGUGUUUCCGGCGCCGCUGGAGAUUCAGACUCGGAUGAGUCCGAUGCAAUCGAUCAAUGGCUUUCUCGUCUUGGGUACAAGCGUCCGAUUGCGAUUCAGAGAUUUAUGAGACGGCGUAUUGGGAAAUGGCCUGUCUACACUCUGUUCCUGGGUUUGGGACAGAUCAUUGCGACCAACUCUGCUCAAAUGACCCUGCUGGUCGGCCAGGUAGGAGAAACAGCAACUAAAUUGUACAUUAUCGCUGCGAUUUACUGCCUUUCUUCUAUCGGUUGGUGGGUCCUCUUCUGCUGCUUCCCGGCAGUGAUCGUCCUCACUCUCCCCUGGUUCAUAUAUUGCAUAGCAUUCAUCAUCAUUGGCGCCUCUCCAUUCGGUAUCACAUCUCUUGGUAGAGCAUGGGCACAGAACGUCGCCACGGGCGUCUAUUCAGCUGCGUCGUCUAGUGGCUCAUUGUUCUUUGCUCUCAACUUUGGCGACCAGGGUGCCGUCCCCAUAAAGGACUGGAUGUUCCGCGCAAGUCUCAUCCAGGGCAUUCAACAGAUCUACACCGUCGCGCUGUGGUAUUGGAGCUCGCGGGUCACCGAAGCUGAAGUCGGAGGCGUAUCCACUGCUGCAUUGAACACAUGGAGACUCACAGCCGUGGUGAUGCCCAUCGCCGCAGUAUGCUUUGUCAUCGGUGUCCUCCUUGGCCUGGGCCUACCCAAGUACUACCGUCAAUCUCCCGGUAAAAUCCUCUUCUUCUACACAUCUCUCCUCCGUCGCCGUAUCGUCCUCUGGUUCUUCUUCAUGGUCAUCGUCCAGAACUGGUUCCUUGCCGCAGCGUUCGGUCGGAACUGGUCGUUCCUCUGGUCCUCCAAACACGCCAAGACAUGGGAGGUCGUCAUCCUGGUGAUCUUCUUCUUCAUUAUCCUCUGGGUAAUCAUUCUCAUCAUCUUCCGCAUUCUGUCCAAGGAACACAGCUGGAUCCUACCGGUCUUUGGACUGAGUCUCGGUGCACCUCGUUGGGCGCAAACAUGGUGGGGAACGUCUAAUAUUGGUUACUACCUCCCAUGGGCAGGAAGUCUGACAUCAGGUGCGCUUGUAUCCCGAUGUGUCUGGCUAUGGCUUGGUAUCCUCGAUGAAAUUCAACAGGUCGGCCUGGGUAUGAUUCUCCUGCAGACCUUGACAAGGGUUCAUGUUUGCUUCGUCCUGUUGACUGCACAAGCUCUUGGGUCUAUCGCCACGAUGUGCGCGCGUGGAUUCGCGCCGAACAAGGUUGGUCCAGCAAGUAUUUCUCCGGACGUGGGCACGUCGGUAGACAAAGUUGGAAAUGCGUGGUUCUGGAUUGCACUUUUCUUCCAGCUUUUCGCAAGCUUUGGCUUCCUACUGUUCUAUCGUCGGGAGCAGCUUAAUAGGCCCUAA